AUGCCCGGCGAUAGUAGCCAGGGCAGUACUCCCGGUAGGGUACAGGAUUUCCUCCGAUCCUCAUCACAGUAUCCAAUGCAGUUGAACCCGCUGCAACGGCCGUUGAACCACAACGUGAAGCCCGCAGGGUUUCAAGUCGCGCUACAGAGCCCCGACUUCUUUGAUCCGAAUGCAUAUCUGCAGCGCCCUGCAUUUCAAGAGAAUAUGAGUCCCCGGUAUGCACAGCAUCCGACUCACCCGCAAAGUCAGGGCUAUGCACAGGGUCAGCAAUAUCCUCAGAGCCCGGCAUACUCUCAAGAUCAGUCAUUUUCUCCAAACUCAUUCUUCUACCCGCACCAGGCUCCCCAAUCCCCGGGAAUGAACAUGCCUAGUCUUGGAUAUUGUGUCCCCCAUUCAUCGCCCGAUACGAUUCUCGUCAAUCCUCAAGAGCUGCUCGUCAACGCUGGUAGGCCUUCCUCUGGGGGCUUAGAUGAGCUAGUGGAUUUUGACGAUAAUCCUAGUGCAGCGUCCUUUUAA